UUCGGGUCCCAGCGUCUGAAUCCAGUACAUGCGUCUCUUAUUUUGAGACGACGGAACGAGGAAAUUAGGGUUAGGGUUUCGCAAUCGAGAUCCAGAUCUUUGAUUUCUAGGGUUCCGGUGUGGAAGGAUGCCGCAGAGGCACUCGAAGAAUAACAAUGAUCUCGCUUUCUUCACGUACGAUGAAAAGCGGAAGCUCGGGUAUGGCACGCAGAAGGAGCGCCUCGGCAAGGACUCCAUCAAGCCCUUCGAUGCUUGUUGCCUCUGCCUCAAGCCCUUCAUUGAUCCCCUUUGCUGCCCUAAAGGUCACGUCUUCUGCAAGGAGUGCAUCCUCGAGUGCCUUCUCGCUCAAAAGAAGGACAUCAAGAGGAAACUAGCUGCACAUGCUGCCCAACAGAAACAAGAGAAAGAGGAGGAGGAGGAGAAAUUGAUGCUGAAGAAAGCCCGUGAACUUGAGGCUUUUGAUCAGCAGAAUCAUGGGGCUGUCCCACAAUACAAUGGCAAGAGCCACAUUAGUGAUAAGAAUGGUUUCCAUGGAGCAAACAGUGUGAGGGUAACGUCCUAUGAAGAGGAAGCUCUCCGCAACAUGAAAGCCUUCUGGCUACCCUCUGCUACACCUGAAGCUCCUGUGAAAAUCGAUGCUCCAUCUACCAGCACAAUAUGCCCAGAAGGCAAAGAGAAGCUCACAUUGAAAAGCCUCUUCCCAAUCUACUUAACAGAUGAAAGCAAUGGACAAACGAAAAAAUCCAAGUCUCUGGAGAACAAUUUUAUCUGCCCCAGUUGCAAAGUUACUAUCACAAACACGACAACCCUCGUGGCGAUUAGCACAUGUGGUCAUGUUUUCUGCAAGAAGUGCUCGGAUAGGUUUCUAGCUGUGGAUAAGGUAUGCUUGGUGUGCAACAAGGAGUGCAAAGAGAGGCACCUUGUCACUUUGGAGAAAGGAGGGACUGGGUUUGCUGGUCAUGGGGAUCACUUACAGGCAUCUGACUUUAAACAUCUGGGAAGUGGUUCAGGACUUGGACUGGUGAGGCCAGCGACAAAGACUUGAAUUUUAAAUGCAUGAGCAAGAAUUAUAGGAAGGAUGUCUGAGUUGAUUGUUUACUCCAUACGG